GAAGCAGCUGAUGAGUAUUUUUCCUUCACCAGACUGUGAUCAUAGGUUGCAAAGAGAAGGGGCUAUCAUGUGAAUGCGAAACAGCUAAAUGAGAAACGGGACACCUGGGAAGGCUGAGCUGAACCUGCUUGUGCACAGGAUGACAGACUGAUUCGCUGUUGGAAACAAGACUCGGGAAACCCCGCUCCUCCAAAAGACUUUCCUGAGUGAGAGGAGAGGAACAGGAGGGAGCACACAAAAGAGCGAUGGGAAUUGAGGGCCAUGGUUACUUGAGAUAAAUGGCAGAUCCCUGGGAGUCUAGCCUUGUAGCUGUUCGCUUUAGCUUUGUCUCUGUGUGCAGCUGCUCUUUCUUUUUUGGGAGCUGCUGCUGGGUACUGCCACGGCGGCACUGGAGAUUUCAAGAGCGACGUGGGUGCAGAGUGUGAGGAGGGGGUGGGCAGCCCGCCUCACCAUGAUUCAGUUGUGGAAAGUAGUGCGGCAUGUGCGACAGCUGGAGCUCCACAGAUUGAUCCUGGUGCUCAUUGGCUUCAGCCUGAUCUCCAUGUGCAUCCUGGCUUACUACGUGACUAACAGUCCCAAAAUCAAGGAGCCACCACCCCUGCCCUUCAGUGACUGCAGCAACCAGCACCGCAUCUUGAUCCCACCGCAAGCCAGCUGGAGGCUCACAAAAUCUGUGGACACCUCACGCACAGAUCCUGUGGUGUUAGUCUUUGUGGAAAGCAUUUACUCCCAGCUGGGGCAGGAAAUAGUGGCCAUCCUGGAAUCUAGCCGGUUUAAAUACAGGACAGAGAUCGCCCCUGGCAAAGGGGAUAUGCCCACCCUGACAGACAAAGACAGGGGACGCUAUGCUCUUAUUAUCUACGAGAACAUCCUUAAAUAUGUGAACCUAGACGCUUGGAACCGAGAACUGCUGGACAAAUACUGUGUAGAAUAUGGAGUGGGAAUUAUAGGCUUUUUCAAAGCCAAUGAGAACAGCCUGCUCAGCGCACAGCUCAAGGGUUUCCCCCUUUUCCUACAUUCCAACUUGGGGCUGCGGGACUAUCACAUCAACCCUAGUGCCCCCCUGCUCUAUGUCACCCGGGCGAAUGAGGUGGAGCAGGGUCCCCUCCCUGGUGAUGACUGGACUGUGUUCCAGUCAAACCACAGCACCUAUGAGCCAGUGCUGUUGGCCAGCACAAAGUCCUCGGAGUCCAUUCCUCACCUGGCCACCCACAAAGCGUUGCAUGCCACGGUGGUGCAGGACCUGGGUCUGCAUGACGGGAUCCAGCGGGUUCUCUUUGGCAAUAACCUCAAUUUUUGGCUGCACAAACUCAUUUUCGUGGAUGCCAUUGCCUACUUAACUGGCAAGCGCCUCUGUCUCACGCUUGAUCGCUAUAUCCUCGUCGACAUUGAUGAUAUAUUUGUGGGAAAAGAGGGCACUCGCAUGAAAGUGUCUGAUGUAGAGGCUUUACUGAGCACCCAGAAUAAGCUGAGAACUUUAGUCCCAAAUUUCACCUUCAACCUGGGCUUCUCAGGGAAAUUCUACCACACAGGUACAGACGAGGAAGAUGAAGGGGAUGACAUGCUGCUCAAACACAGGAAGGAGUUCUGGUGGUUCCCUCACAUGUGGAGUCACAUGCAGCCUCACCUCUUCCACAAUGUCACUGUGCUGGCUGAGCAGAUGAAGCUCAACAAGCAGUUUGCUGUGGAGCAUGGGAUCCCCACAGACUUGGGCUAUGCCGUAGCCCCCCAUCAUUCUGGAGUUUAUCCUGUCCACACGCAACUCUACGAGGCAUGGAAAUCCGUUUGGAGCAUCCAAGUAACAAGCACAGAGGAAUACCCACACCUACGGCCCGCCCGGUACCGGCAUGGAUUCAUCCAUAACGGAAUCAUGGUUCUGCCUCGACAGACCUGUGGUCUUUUUACUCACACUAUCUUCUAUAACGAGUAUCCCGGUGGCUCAAAGGAGUUGGACAAGAGCAUUCGUGGCGGUGAACUCUUCCUGACGGUGCUUCUGAACCCUAUCAGCAUCUUCAUGACCCACCUGUCCAACUAUGGGAACGACCGCCUGGGACUGUACACUUUUGAGAGCCUGGUCAAGUUCGUGCAGUGCUGGACCAACCUUCGCCUGCAAACACUGCCCCCUGUCCAGCUUGCAAAGAAGUACUUCGAAAUCUUUCCCCAGGAGAAGAACCCCUUGUGGCAGAAUCCCUGUGACGAUAAGAGGCACAAGGAUAUCUGGUCCAAAGAGAAAACGUGCGAUCGACUCCCCAAGUUCCUCAUCGUGGGACCUCAGAAAACUGGCACAACAGCUGUACACUUCUUCUUGACCAUGCAUCCGGCUGUCACCAGUAACUUCCCGAGUCCAUCCACCUUUGAGGAGAUCCAGUUUUUUAAUGGACCCAACUACCACAAAGGAAUUGAUUGGUAA